GAUCAAUCUCUUUUCAAUCGUCUCGAGAAACCUUUCACCUUCAUUUCACUAAACCACCAAAAGUGGCAUUUUCUCACCAUGCCAUUGAUCCGUAACCCCAUUCUUCCAGGGUUCAAUCCUGAUCCCUCAAUCCUCAGAGUUGGGAAAGACUAGUAUAUCCAUAAGCUCCAAUUGAUGGAAUCUAUAUUAAUAUUGGCUCAGUUACAUAGCAACAUCAACUUUUGAAUGGUUUCCUGGCGUGCAAAUCCACCAUUCAACGGACCUCGCAAACUGGGAACUCAUAGUGCGACCACUCACUCAGAAGUCCCAAUUAGACAUGCGAGGAGAACCAGAUAGUUGCGGAGUCUGGGCACCCUGCCUCACACACGACGGUGAGAAAUUCUGGCUCGUCUACACAGACGUAAAGCGAAAAGACGGUUCCUACAAGGAUACACAUAACUACAUCGUCACCGCACCCUUGAUUGAAGGUCCCUGGUCCGAUGCAGUAUAUGUGAAUUCCUCUGGUUUCGACCCCUCGCUCUUCCACGAUGACGAUGGCAAGAAGUGGUUCGUUAAUAUGCAUCAAGACCACCGUCGGCGUCCAAAUAUGUUUGCCGGUAUCGUACUGCAGGAGUGGGAUCACGCCGCGGGAAAACUGAUUGGUGCGAGAAAGAAUAUCUUUCUUGGGACGGAAUUGGCUUUUGUUGAGGGUCCUCAUCUUUAUAAUAGGAAUGGGUGGUAUUAUUUAUUGACGGCUGAAGGUGGAACUGGCUAUAGACAUGCUUGUACACUUGCUCGGUCAAAGGAUAUCUGGGGUCCUUAUGAGUUGCAUCCCCAGAAAUACAUACUGAGUGCAAGAAACGCACCUUUUGCUGCGCUUCAACGCGCUGGUCAUGGAGGUGAGCUAGAUUUUAAUAUCUUCCUUAUUAAUAAUAUUGCUGGAGCCAAUGCUAAUUGCAUACUCUGGACCUACAGAUAUCGUGGAAACGCCUGAAGGAAAGACGUACUUGGUUCAUCUUUCUGGUCGGCCCAUAACUCAAAAGCGACGAUGCAUAUUGGGAAGAGAAACAGCUAUUCAAGAAGCUUAUUGGGGUAAGUCCAUUCAAAAUAUGAUUCCACAGAAGCAUUCGAUGCUCAAAAAUCUUAUUCAAAAUCACAUUCCCCUGCUUGGCAAGUCUCAAAGAUAACGCUGACCUUGAUCAGGAGACGAUGAGUGGUUGUACAUUAAGAAUGGGCCAAUUCCAUCACUUCACGUCGAAGUGCCUGGAAAACGAGAUGAUACAAAAUACUGGGCAGAGCAACGAUAUACAUUCAAAGAUAAACUACACCAAGACUUCCAAUGGCUAAGAACCCCAGAACCAGAUCGCAUCUUCAAAAUCGAGGAUACAAAGCUCACUGUGUUCGGUCGUGAAUCAAUAGGAUCGUGGUUUGAGCAAUCAUUGGUGGCAAGAAGACAAACUCAUUUCUCAUACGACGCCGAGACGACAGUUGACUUUCAUCCAACAGAUGAGAGACAAUUUGCUGGACUUACAGCAUACUACUGUCGGUACAACUUCUUUUACCUCACAAUUACAGCCCACUCAGAUGGGAAACGAGAACUUCUCAUUCAGAGCUCGGAAGCUUCUUGGCCAGAAGCUAAACUUCAGAUGCCCUUCGUGGAUCCUGUACCACUUCCGGAAGAAGGAAAAGUAAAACUUGCACUUUCGAUUCGUGGCCGCGAAUUGCAAUUUUUCUAUGCUCUUGAAGGAGGGGAACUGGAAAAGAUUGGACCAGUAUUUGAUGCUAGCAUACUUUCUGAUGAGUGUGGUGGACAUCAGAAUGAUGGAAGUUUUACCGGUGCUUUUGUUGGGAUGGCGUGUUCUGAUGUGAACGGAAUGGUGUUACCUGCAAAGUUCGACUAUUUUCUCUAUCGACCCGUUCAGCAUGAUAGCGAUAGAUAUGAAGUUCACACACAAUAA